CCCAUUGGUGCCGCAAGCCGUGGCGUGAGGUCUGGAUGAAUAUUAGUCUUCUCGUGUACGCCAUGAUGCUUCACAUCGCACGCAUCAUCACUCAUCAUUGGCUCAAGUGCCACAAUUCGCGGCCAUCGGUUGUGCGGGUGCCCACUCAGAGUGAGCUGAGAACAUACCGCUUGAACCUGAUCAGGUUAGGACCUGCGCAGGGAACAACCACCGCAUCUCACUCAUCUCUCGCUCGUAUCACCAUAGUGUGUCCGUCUCUCUGGGCAAACAUGGCUCCUCGUUGCGCGGUCGUCGCCGUCAGUGCUUUGGUCAUCGCCGCGCCAGCCGCUGUCCUGGGAUCUCAGCCCCCUGAGUGUAAGCGCUUCGAUGAGAUUUAUGCCAGCGGCAAAGAGCUCUGCGAGAACAUGUGGAACGACGCCUUUACCUAUGAAGAAGACGAGGCCAAGGCCUACACGAUGUGGUUCUAUGACGCAGAGAAUCCCAACGAUGCGACCUCUGAGAGCCUGGGCCUUCUGACGGGCGACCACGAAGUGUGCCACCUGGACUACUUCCACAAGGACACUCCGGGGCCUGAGCCCGAUGGCUUCAGCGAGUGUCACCCUUGGAAGGACAAUGCCUGCUGCAGCCAUGACACCGUCAUGAGUGCCACGACGCUCAAGGAGGCCUACGGCCAGGAGUUCCACUGGGACCGCUGCGGCCCGCUGAGCCCGGAGUGUGAGCGCUUCUUCGUUCAGGAGGCGUGUUUCUACGAGUGCGAUCCGAACGCCGGGCUCUUCCGGAAGUGGAACUCGACCGAGUACGACCCCAGGUGCGAUGCCUACGCUGAGGGGUACGACGAGGCCUUCGCGACGGCCCAGGGUUGUGACCACAACACGUGGCAGAUGCACAAGAUGCCGAUCAAGGCUUCGUACUGCGACGCGUGGCUCACGGCCUGCGCAAAGGACAGGUUCUGCGCGACGGGUGGCGGUGACUUCUUCAGCUGCGCGGCGCACUACGAGGCCUCCGACGCCAGCGCGGCCGAGAUCGCUCGCCUGGAGGCGGACUUGGAGCAGAGCUCGGGGCUGGGUGCCGGCAUCGUUGCCGUCAUCUCUGCGCUGGCAGUCUUCGCCGCUCUCGGGGUGUCGGGCGCGUGCUGGCUGGUCCACCGUGAGAAGAAGGGGCGGCCCGUGUUCGGGGAGCUGCGGGAGCCGAGCGUGCCGGCCGCCAGCGACGGCACGACCAUCGGCAAUUCCGCUUGAGCAGGUGGGCCGCAGAGACAUGUAAAUACAGAAUGAUUGGACCGAAGGCGCCUGCGGCGGCGGACAACCGCUGCCCCCUUCUGCCCCCUGGAAACGCCUGCGUGGCCACGCGUUGUGGACACGCUCGGGGGAACAGUUGGGGAGAGACAGAGAUGGAGAGAUUCAUCUGCACUUCCGAGGCUUUGGGAGACGCCGUGCGGAGAGCCCCGGGAGCGGAGGUCGCCGGGACGUCAUGGGUCCAGCACCCCUCUACCAGCAUUUGCUUUCGACACUCGGGGAAUCAAGGUUUGUUCGAGGUUUCGAAACAUCCUGUUCAGUGCAAGCGGCACGGCGGCGGAUUUGGCUGGACUUGCGGGGCUUGGCUUGGAGAGCCACGUUGUUCGUUUCGACCCCCCCCAGCACAGUUGUGGCUCCACCACUGACGGCUGCUCUUUCAUCUUAGGGGCCAUGCCGCUUUCAAGUUUCCAUUUCCGUUGCAUCGAAGUGGGUGAUUGACACGUCCGCGCACGCACCCCUCUUCCACGACCAAAAAAGUGUUCGAGAUGCGCUCGCUGUUUAGAGAGCGUGCCACAGUAGAGCGUGCCGUGUGGGCCAAGGCCUGAGCAGCAAUGAUUGGAGUCAUGGACGCCCCGCAAAUCCCCAUCAGCCCACCCAGAAACGAU